CGCCGUCGUCCAUCAUGACGAGCUUCUCUUCCAUGUCGCUGUACGCCUUGACGGUGAAGCAGCCCACAGCGACACAAGACGCCAUCUCUGGUGACUUCCUCGGAAACGGCAAGCAGCAGAUUCUUACUGCGAGCGGCUCGCGGCUAGCAAUCCUCGAGGUUUCGCGGCGACAGAAGGGCUUCCAAGAGCUCUACUCCCAAGAUGUGUUUGGCAUCAUUCGUCGCAUAGCCAAGUUUAGAAUUGCGGGCGGCACCAAAGACCACAUUGUCAUAACCACCGACUCCGGACGUUUGGUGACAUACGAGUACCUCCCGGAUGAGCACACGUUCAAGACGCUCCACUUCGAGACAUUCGGCAAGUCUGGAAUACGACGUGUCGUGCCGGGCGAGUAUCUGGCAGCCGACCCGAAAGGGCGCGCUAUCAUGAUUGCCUCGACGGAGAAGAACAAGCUUGUCUACAUUCUCACCCGAAGUGGCCAGACCGACAUUGCCAUUUCAUCACCGCUUGAGGCGCACAAGCCGCAAACGCUUGUGUAUUGCCUCAUCGGUCUCGACGUUGGCUACGACAACCCCAUGUUUGCCACGCUCGAAGUAGACUACUCGAACUCCGAGACUGAUCCUACGGGCGAGGCCUAUGAUGAGAUCAAGAAGGAGCUGGUGUACUACGAGCUGGACCUCGGUCUCAACCACAUCGUACGGAAAUGGUCGGAGCCAGUCGAUCGCACGGCAAACACUCUCUUCCGUGUACCAGGAGGCCCGAAUGCGCCGAGUGGUGUUUUGUGUUGCGGAGAGGACAGUAUUACAUACCGUCGGAUUUUCAACAACAAGUCGAGCGUUCGCCGUUUGGCGAUUCCGCGCCGCGAAGGAGCGACCGAGGACCCCAAUCGGAAGCGGAUGAUUGUUGCCGGUACCUUGUACUCCCUCAAAGGAGGUGAUUUCUUCUACCUUUUGCAGACAGAGGAUGGCGACGUGUUCAAGCUUACUGUCGAUGCGCCCAACGGCACGGUCGAGAAGAUCAAGAUCAAGUACUUUGACACGAUUCCAGUCACGACAAGUAUUUGCAUUCUCAGGGCCGGUUUCGUCUACGCUGCCUGUGAGUCUGGGGAUCGCAUUCUCUAUGAGCUGGAGUCACUCGGUGACGAGACUCCGGAUCCGGUCUUUGAAAGCGACCAGUUUCCCAUUGACCCAGAGGCUUCGUUCGCACCUCCGUUCUUCCGGCCUCGUGCUCUGGUCAACCUCACUGCUGUAGAGUCCAUGCCCAGCCUCAAUCCGAUUAUGGGCAUGGAAGUCGCCAAUCCUGCAUUGGAAGAUGCGCCACAGAUAUACACUAUCAACGGCACUGGUGGUCGCAGCUCCUUCCGUACCACAAGGAAUGCUCUGGAAGUUUUGGAUCUCAUCGAGUCACCCUUGCCACAGAACGCUUCUGAUGUCUGGACAACGAAGCUGACGAGUGAAGAUGAGACCGACACUCUCAUUGUCCUCUGCCUCCACAGCAGAACGCUCGUUUUGAAGAUCGGUGAUGAUGUUGAAGAAGCCUCCAACACUGGCUUUCUUCCAGACACAAACACCCUUGGUGUACAGCAGUUUGGCGAGGACUGCAUCAUCCAGAUUCACCCAAAGGGCAUCCGACACAUUCAGGGCAUUCAGUUCCCCAACGACGAUGCCAGCGCGACGCACGCUAGCCUGACUGAUUGGCAACCUCCUGCGCACCGCACUAUUGUAGCGUGUGCAACCAACAACCGGCAAGUCGCAAUCGCACUCAGCUCUGGACAGAUUUUGUACUUUGAGUGCGAUUCCGACGGGUCGCUUGCCAUGGCGGAAGAAGAGAUCUCCUUGGACAGCACCAUCAACUGUCUUGCAAUGCCCGAUGUCCCAGAGGGUAGUGUGCGUGCCUUCUUCUUGGCAGUUGGUUGCAGUGACCAGACUGUGAGGAUAUUCAACCUGAGUCCUGACAUGGAGGGCAAUAUCCUGCGAGGCAUCUCCGUCCAAGCACUCACGUCGCCGCCAAGCGACUUGACAAUCAACCUGAUGACGGACAAGUCGCCUCGUGGAUAUAGUCAAUUUCUUCACAUUGGUCUGCGAAGUGGUGUGUACAUUCGCUCUGUACUAGAUGAAAUGACUGGUGAUAUCGGCGAUACCCGGAGGCGUUUCCUUGGCCCUGAGCCCAUCAAAUUCGCCAAGGUGGCCGUCGCCGGUGAGCCUGCUAUCCUAGCAAUGACUUCACGGCCAUGGCUAGGCUAUACCCAUCCUCGUACUGGAGUACUGCAGCUCACACCGCUGAACUACAUUCCAUUCAAGUCUGCGUGGAACUUUGAUGGCUCACAAUUUAAGGGAAUCAUCUGUGUGAGCGCUAAUGAGUUACGAAUCUUUACUUUCAACGACUUGACGGAUAACACCACUUUUGAGAGCAUACCUUUGAAGUACACACCGAGGAAGAUGGUAGGAUAUCACGAGCAAGGCGUGUUCUAUGUGAUUCAGAGCGAUAACAACACCAUCCAUGCUGAAAGACGCCAACAGCUGAUGGCACAGAGUGGUGCCAAGAAGGAGGAUGGCGCUAAUGGCUCCAUGGAAAUUGAGCAGUCUAACGGCGGCGCGGCCAACAGCGAAGAGUUUCCUGCAGUAGACUUUGGCUACCCAAGAGCCGAGGGCAGCUGGGCAUCUUGCAUCCAAGUAGUCGAUCCUGUGACUGAGAAGACGGUCACUCACACUGUUGAACUCAGCGGCAACCAAUCACUCGUCAGUGCUGCCCUCGUAUUCUUUGAGAGCCGUGGCGACGAAGCGUUCCUUGCUGUUGGUACUGCAAAGGAUUUGAGCUUCACACCAUACACGUUUUCGGCCGCAUCCAUUCAGGUGUACAAGAUCAACCCAACUGGGCGCGAGCUAGAAUUUUUCCACGAAACCGCGGUCAGUGAUCCGCCUCUAGCAUUACUUGCAUUCAAGGGCAAACUGAUCGCUGGUGUCGGACGUCACCUAUGCCUCUACGAUUGCGGUAUGAAGUCGGUUCUCCGUAAGGCGCAGGCACCCAAUUGCGUACCGACUCGCAUCACUGGUAUUAAAACCCAGGGUAGUCGGUUGGUUGUUUCGGAUCAAGCACAGUCUGUAACGUAUGUUGUGCACAAGGAGCAGGUUCACCCCAACCGCCUCAUCCCCUUUGUCGACGAUACCGUUGCUCGUCACACUACGGCGUCAGAGAUGCUGGACUACGACACGACUGUGGGUGGCGAUAAGUUUGGCAACAUAUGGCUUGUGCGCUGCCCCCAGAAGGUAUCUGAAUCUUCCGACGAGUCUCCAGACGGCUCUGAUCUCCUCGUGGAUAAGAGCUACUUGGGUGGCACUCCCAAUCGUCUUGAUCUCAUCGCGCACUACUUCACCAACGACAUUCCCAUUUCAAUACAGAAGACGGUCCUGCUUUCAGGGGGUGAACGCAUCGUAUUCUGGGCUGGUCUUCAGGGCACCCUUGGCGCACUAAUUCCUUUCAACUCACGCCGCCAGCACAAAAUGUUCCAGCAGCUGGAGCUGCAACUGCGCACGGACGACAAGCCGCUGUCUGGCCGCGACCAUCUCGCGUUCCGCAGCUACUAUGCACCUGUCAAAAGUGUCAUUGACGGCGACCUCAUCGAACGCUUCCUGGUCCUUCCUCGGGACAAGAGGGAGAGCAUUGCGGGUCAGCUGACUGGUGCGGAAUGGACGCCGAGUAUGAUUGACGAGGCAAUUUGGAACAUGAGAGGUCUGUAUGCCUUUUAGAGGGUGGGCCAACUUGGUUUCUUUUUUGGGCCUACUGCGGCGUUUGGGUAUGAAAAGCGAGCGGGUGCUUGGUCGUGCGCUUAUAGCGAUUGUUCGGGGAAGCAGGCAGUAACAUGUACUAGUAGAUACGUAGGUCACAAUUGACCCAAUGAUACCC